GCACAGCACCAUCGUGCACCAAAUUCUCUUGUAAUGACAGGCGCUAACGAUCACAUCUCUGAGUCGCAAUUUUUUUCGCUCCCACCAGAUAUUCGGAGGCUCCGUGAUGUGGUUGCAGAACAGGGAUGGGACGAAGCCUGGAAGCAAAAUCUGACACCAUGGGAGGACCCUGAUGUCUACGAUGUGCAACCGGCCUUGCGAGAACUGAUUGAUUCAUCUCGUCUGCAGCUUCCCACUACAGGAAAGGCCCUAGUGCCCGGAUGCGGAAGAGGCUAUGAUGUGAUACACAUUGCAUCAAGCCUCGGGCUUGAAACAUUGGGAACUGAUAUCUCAUCUCAAGCUAUCCAAGCGGCGAAAGAGCGUCUGGCAUCUGUUCCUGGUGCUACAGCUUCUGGAAAAGUUUUCUUUCAGGAAGCUGACUUCUUCAGUAUGGCUUUACCUGAAAACGAGCGCUUUGAUCUUGUAUAUGACUAUACAUUUUUUGUGGCUAUUCCGCCCUCGAGGCGCAGCGAAUGGGGUCGACAAAUGACCGCGUUGACGAAGCCUGGCGCCUACCUGAUUACCCUUGCAUUUCCUCUUGGUCUGGAUCCUAACGGAGGGGGUCCACCGUUCUUCAUGACACCCGAACAUUACCACGAAGCACUCGCUGGAUGGACGAAGAUCCUAGAUGAGGUGCCGAUAGGGAGUAGCCCAACUCACAAGAACAAAGAGAGGAUCAUUGUAUGGAGGAAAUUUGACACAUGAGUAGCGCACCGCUUGUGAUAGAAGCCAUACUGAAGCCAUAUAGUGAAUGCAUGCAUGUUUCUUUG